CUUCUUCUCGCUAGCGCCAGAAUAAAACUUCGGUCUAGCAAGUGCUUUUUUUCCUGCGUUCUUUUCUCAACGCUCACUUGCCUGGCUACCCCCAAUUUUCUUCCAGCCAGAAUCUUCACAAUGGCAGCGGCCAAAGAAGAGAUGGAUUAUACCAUCAAGCCAGAGGCUGGUGCAUCGAAUAUUUCGACGUCGGAGUGGCCGCUUCUGCUCAAGAACUAUGACCAGCUCCUCGUUAGGACCGGCCAUUUCACUCCAAUUCCUGCCGGUUGCGCUCCUCUCAAGCGUGACUUGAAGUCUUACAUCAACUCCGGUGUUAUCAACCUUGACAAGCCUUCCAACCCAUCCAGUCAUGAAGUUGUCGCUUGGAUGAAGAGAAUUUUGAGGGCCGAAAAGACUGGACACAGUGGAACCCUGGACCCCAAGGUCACUGGUUGCUUGAUUGUCUGCGUUGACCGUGCCACUCGUCUCGUCAAGUCGCAACAAGGCGCAGGAAAGGAAUAUGUUUGCGUGAUUCGUCUUCAUGACAAGAUCCCUGGUGGCGAGGCCCAAUUCAAGCGUGCGCUGGAGACUUUGACCGGUGCCCUUUUCCAGCGCCCACCUUUGAUCUCUGCUGUCAAGCGCCAGCUCCGUAUCAGAACCAUCCACGAGAGCAAGGUUUUCGAAUUCGACAAUGACAGACAUCUCGGUGUUUUCUGGGUCAGCUGCGAAGCAGGAACAUACAUCCGAACCCUGUGUGUCCACCUUGGUCUCUUGCUUGGUGUUGGUGCACACAUGCAGGAGCUCCGACGUGUCCGUAGUGGUGCCAUGGAUGAGAACAAGGGCUUGGUGACUCUGCACGAUGUGAUGGAUGCUCAGUGGAUGUACGACAACCAGCGCGAUGAGUCGUACCUGCGGAAGGUCAUUCACCCUCUAGAGAGUCUCCUCACAACGUACAAGCGUAUCGUCGUCAAGGAUAGUGCCGUGAAUGCUGUUUGCUAUGGCGCCAAACUCAUGAUCCCCGGUCUUCUUCGUUUUGAGGCUGGUAUCGAUGUCAAUGAAGAGGUUGUUCUCAUGACCACCAAGGGUGAGGCUAUCGCAAUUGGUAUCGCCCAGAUGUCUACUGUCGAGCUCUCGACCUGCGACCACGGUGUUGUCGCCAAGGUCAAGCGCUGUAUCAUGGAGCGUGACCUUUACCCUCGCAGAUGGGGCUUGGGUCCCAUUGCUCUGGAGAAGAAGAAGCUCAAGUCCGCUGGAAAGCUUGAUAAAUACGGUCGGACCAACGAGGCCACCCCUGCCAAGUGGAAGAGCGACUACAAGGACUACAGCGCACCGGAGGACGCCUCAGAGGCGCAGCCAGCAACCGAGAAUGUCUCCAAGGAGGAGCCGGUGGAUGCACCGAAUGAGACUCCGUCGUCUCCAAACAAGAUGGAGAGGAGCGAGCCGAGCGCAAGCGCAAGAAGAAGGAGAAGAAGGAGAAGAAGGAACGAAGAAAGUCCAAGCAAGACAAGGAGGACAGCGAUGACAGCGAUUAAAGCUUUUCAGGAAUUCCCUUGCCUGACUCCGAUCGCGAAGCGUUCCCACCAUGAAAAUGUUGCCGCGCUAUCGAGUGUUCUUCUGUCAGGGAUUUGUCAGGGCGUAUUUCCUGUAACAUACAUUUGUUUCUUUUAUAUCGGAGUCCUGGGUUGAAAAGGGAAUCAAUUUUGAUUGUUCUGCUAUUUGAAUCGUUUGCUUUAGGUUUAGUUUUGAGUGAACAGAACUUGUAUUCCAGAUGUUUGAA